AUGACUACUAUUGCGCCAGAGAAGUUCAUUGGUAGCAGUUUGCGAGUGGAGUUGAGUGACAACCGUGUCCUUGACGGGGUGUUGACGGUGGUGGACCCAUUCGGCAACUUGUUGAUGUCCAAUGUGUACGAGACUAAUAAGCUGAACCGUCGAGAGGUGGGCCUUGUGAGCGUUCCUAGAGCAACCAUCAGUAAGUUGUAUAUUGACAAACGGACAUAUCAGCUGCUAAAAUAA